AUGAUUUUGGGUGAAGGAACAGCUGUUGAUCUAGAUACGGUGACCGAUUGGAAGACACUAUUGUCGACAAUUCUUGAACAAUACAAUCCUGUGGAUGUUUAUAAUUGUGAUGAAACGAGUCCUUAUUACAAAUUGAUGCCCGACCGAUCUCUUAUUGUUAAUAAAGAUGAUUGUAUUGAUGACAAUGCACCAGUACAUCCAACGGAUAUUAAUCUGAAAAAUAUUACUCUCAAGUUUCUUCCGGCUAAUACCACAGCUAUUAUACACCCAAUGAACCAAGGAAUUAUUAGAACCUUCAAAGCUUAUUGUCGACGACAGCUUGUUCAACAUAUUACCAAAAAGUGCUGUGGUGCUGGUAUACCGGCUAUUGAUUUAGUAGGUGUCGACGACAAUCUACCAGCAUUCAAUGAAUGGGGUGAUAAUAGUGAAAAAAUUUUAUCUAUUAAUGUUGUUACCAAUGAAGAUACUCCACAGAAUGAAGAUUUUGAAAUUGAACAACCACCAUCAUUACCCGAAGCUAUCAAACUACUUCGUCGAUUAAAAUUAUUAUCAACUAUUCAUCAUCCAGAACUCCAUUCAUUACCGUCGUAG